GAUACAAAGACUCAAGUUGACAUGCAUUGCAUUUCCCUAGGAUUAGCAGUUUCGCGCACUUCUCGCACACUUCCACUGCACUUACUUAGUAGCACAGACCGACCACUUCCUUUAUCGAGUACGCCAUCUUCCCAGCCUGCAUUUCUCCCCGCCAUCGCGCCUGAAAUCCAGUAUGAUCAACGCAUCCGCGCACUUCAAGGUUAGGGAGGACUUUGAGAACGUGCAGGCAGCGCGACCGGCCUGGAACCACGAUGCCGAGCCCACGUAUUUCAAGCCCCCCAAGCCGGACUGGAAGGAAGGGGAUGGCGGAAACGAUGGCGGAGAAAGCCUGAAGAAGAACCACAUUGAGAUUGACCCCUAUGAAGAAGGGCGGCCGAUAUCGUCCAACUAUAAGCUGCUCAUUUCUGGGAUUGCGCCUCGUCCUAUCGCCUUGAUCAGUACUCGGUCCAAGGACGGGAAAACUGCGAACCUGGCGCCGUUUAGCUACGCCCAGGUGGUCAACCAUGACCCGCCUCUUUUUGUGGUGGGGUUUUCUGGAUCGCUUGAGAAGGCCAAGGACAGUCUGAAGAACCUCGUGGAGACGGGGGAGUGUGUUGUCAAUAUUAUCUCUGAGCAUUUUGUCGAGGCCGCCAAUGCUACUGCCAUCAAUGCGCCGUAUGGUGUUUCCGAGUGGGAGAUUUCCGGACUGCACCAGGCGCCUAGCUCUGUCGUUCAGGCAGCCCGCGUCAAGGAGUCGAUUUUGUCAAUUGAGGGGAAGCUGGUGGAGACGAAGGAGUUUGAAAGUAGAGCCACGCCGGGAAAGAAGACUGGGUGUUUAGCGAUCAUCGAGGGUGUUCGGUUCUGGGCACGAGAAGACGCCAUUAACGAGGAGAAAAGCGUGAUCGAUUUGAAGGUUCUGAAACCGAUUAGUCGUCUGGGGGGCAUCGCGUAUGGACGGACGACCGAUGUGAUUGAGCUCCCCAGGCCCAAUUUCUAGACCCGUUUUGACUUUUUAGACCCAGCAUAGCUUGGCGAGAGGUGUAAUAGAUAGUACAUAGAAAGGAUUGCUGAUCUAUCUUCAAUUUAGUGCUAGAUGGAUUCAUGAACUAGAAAAAACAAAUGAGAUAUUUACUCCAAUAAAAGCUUGUUGUAUGGGAAGGUUUCC